UUCACCUCAUUUCCCACAGAAUUGGGGUGGAGAGAGCUGGGCCUGGCCUACAAAACCAUCUGCAUGGAGGGCGUCCAGAUCCUGGCGGACGGCACUGAGCUGCGCCACUACGAUGUCCACAACCUCUACGGGUGGGCCCAGACCAAACCCACCCUGGAUGCACUGCGGAGCAUCACGAAGGAGCGGGGCAUCGUCAUCACACGCUCCACCUACCCAACCAGUGGGCAGUGGGCAGGACAUUGGCUGGGGGACAACACGGCUGCGUGGGACCAGAUGCCAAAAUCCAUCAUUGGUAUGAUGGAGUUCAGCCUCUUUGGAGUAUCCUACACUGGAGCAGACAUCUGUGGGUUCUUCUCAGAUUCAGAAUAUGAACUGUGUGCCCGCUGGAUGCAGCUGGGAGCUUUCUACCCAUUUUCAAGGAACCACAACGGGAAAGGCGCCAAGGUGAACGUGCUCCCAAAUCGCCCACCUCCCACAGAUCCA